AUGAGGAAGUAUGUCUGUGCCCGCCUCUGGCAGGAAGACCCCUGUGGAUUAUGGCCUUCAGAUCCGCUUCAUAAACGACCUCCAAGACUCGGGCGGGGGUGGAGGUGGGGUCGGGGGUGGGGUGUGGGUGUAGGUGCGGGUGUGCCGGCCCAGCGUGACGUCCCGUCCAAGAGCUCCACCAGUGGCAAGGCGUCGCGCUACGGGGUGGCAGUGCGUGUGCAGGGCAUCGGCGGCCAGCCCUACGUGGUGCUGAAGGAGGGCCAGAAGGGCGACUCGUACGGAGUGCAGCUCAGGACACACAGCUACAGCAGCCUGCCCAGAGGGGGAGAGGACCCAGGCCAGAGGUCCUACCCUCCAGCAGAGGACGGGGGGUUUCUCCGACGCGCCCAGUCUCACGGCUCGCUGUUGGACCGCGACGGGGACGCCGGCGACGAGUUCCAAGACCACCUGGGUCGUCCCCCCGGAGACGGCCGCUCUGGGAGCUAUGGCAACCUGGAUGGAGGGAUAGGAGUCGGAGCAGAGAGAGGCCGGAGAGGAGGAGGAGGAGGGAUGCAGAGGAACCGCUGGGGAGGGUCACAUGACGUGGGGCUCAACGGCUCGCAGGGCACGGGCAGCGAAUACGGCUCCUCCGAGUCUUUCCCCGACAGCCCCCCUCGAGCUGCCAGCGCCCCGCAUCACCCACCCCCCAGCCAGACUCAGCCUCCGCAGAAACACACCCCGGUCAACCGCCUCAUCAGCCAGUUCAACGGAAGCCGCAGUACCGGAGGACCUGCCAGGGGGCGCUCUCCCGACGUGGACGCUGCACGUCCGGCUGCACCCCCUCCCUACGUCUCCUCCGCUCCCCCCCUUGUCUCGAACCCUUACUCCUCGCUGCCCUCAUCCAAUCAAAGCAGCCUGGGGCGGGGCACAGGGUCCGUCGGCAAAAUCACGCCCGUGCACAAUUCCUCGUCCUCUUCUCCGGCCAAUGAGUGGCAGUCACCGGGGCAAUACGGUGCUGUAGAGACCGUACCUGCCAAUCAAGCAGAGGCACAGGUGACCCCUGACCUCCUCCUGGACCAGAGUCAGAGUUCCGGCUCAGAGUUCUCCAGUGAGGAUGAUCUGAUGCAGCAGAUGAUCUAUAGUGCCUUACGGCAGGGGAGCGGUGAGAGUGAUGCUGUCAUCAAACAGAAGGUCCGAGUGCUCUGCAACAAGAUCCAAGCUCUCAAGGGGCCCCAGGCGAGGCAUGCUGACCCCACCCUGAAGGUGGAGCUAGAGGAGUCUCGGGACGAGUGUCUGCACCUGCAGGAGCAACUUGACCGAAAGAAGAUCGAGCUUCACCAGAUACAUACUGAGCUGACUCAGUUGCGGAUGGACAGAGAGCGAGCCGAGGCCCGUGUGCGGGAGCAGGAGGAUCAGCUGGCUGGGCAACAAGAGGAGCUGAGGAGAGAAGCCGAGAACAGAUCACACACCGACACACUGCAGACGGAGCUGAUGGCGCUGCGUGCGGAACAGGCUGAGCUGAAGGCGGCGCGUCAGAAGCAGGACGAGACGCUGCGUCAGCGGGAGCGGGAGCUGACCGCCCUCAAGGGGGCGCUCAAGGACGAGGUGGCCACGCACGACCGCGAGAUAGAAACCCUCCGAGAGCAGUACAGCCAGGACAUGGAGAAGUUCCGCGUCAACAUGGAGCAGGUGUCACAGUCCCAGGCUGGUAUUGAGGCGGAGCGGCAGCGUGUGAACGGCACUGUGAGGUCUCUGCAGCAGCAGCUGGACGAGAGCAGAGAGGAGGGCGAGCACUGGAGGGGCCAGUUCCAGAGCAGCAGGGAGGAGCUGCGUGCCACCAGACAAGAGUUGCUCCAGGCUCGUCUGGAGAAGGAUGAGUUUGAGGAGGAGCUGAAGGAGCUGCAGGAGAAAGUGGAGGUCAUGAAACAGCAAAUGCCCGACCCUAGUCAAGCAGACGCGCUCACAAAGGAUCUUGAGCGUUGCCGUGGCGAGCUGAAGCAGGCCCAGUUGGAGGUGGAGAAGAUGAGGUCGGAGCGGGACAAGAAGCUGAUGGAGGUGGUGUGCCUCAAGAAGGGCAACCAGGAGCAGGAGGCCGAGCUCAACUACGAGCUGGACCGCCUCCGACAGCAGACGCGCCGCGACAAAGACGAGCUGGCCAAAGCACACGAGAAAGCCAAACAGCUGGCCGACCCCUCAUUGGUGGAGGCGCUGCGCGGGGAGUUGAGGGACGCGCAGGCGGAGGCGGGGCAACUGCACGGCCGUCUGGCGGAGCGAGACGAGGAACUGCAGGCGGAGAGGGACCGACUGCUGGCCGCCAAGACGCAGCUGCACACGCUCCGAGAGCAGAGGGAGGAGCAGGAGGACCUCCACACGCGCCUCCGGGAGAAGCUCGCACGUCUGGAGUCCCAGCUGCAGGAGCGAGAGGGCCAGAGCUCGGAGGCCGAGCAGGAGCUCCAGCAGGAGGUGGAGAAGCUGAAGUCCCAGCUGGAUGAGUCCAGGCGCGGCAGCUCCAAGCUGGGCAGGGAGCGAGACGAGCUGGCCUCCCGUCUGGAGGAGAGGGAGCGGGAGAGAGAGGCGCUGCGCAAGGAGACCAGCCAGCUGGACGACCAGAAGAGACAUACAGAGCGAACGCUGGACAGAGUCAACAAAGAGCUGGAGCAGAUGUCUGCGGAGGGCAGGCAGGCGGUGGAGGCAGUGCAGUCGCAGCUGGAGGAGCAGAGGGAGAGGGGGCGCCGCGAGCAACAGGAGCACCAGAGGCUGAGCCGAGACCGCAUCGCCGAGCUGGAGAAGGCCCAGAAUGCACUGCACUCCAUGCAGGAGGAGCUAUCUCGGCAGAAGAAGGAGUACAUUGCGAGCUGUGAGGAGAAGGACAACGCUCUGCUGGAUAAAGAGCUGCUGACCAACCGGCUACGCCACCUGGAGGGGGAGCUAGAGAGCCAACGUGGCAGCCACAGCGACAAAACCCGAGAGAUGCGCAGCAUGGAGGAUAAGAUGAAGCAUUUGGGGAUGGAGCUGGAGGAGGAGAAGAACACAGUGGAGUUGAUGACUGACCGCAUCACCAGGAGCAGAGACCAGAUAGAGCAGCUGCGCUCUGAACUCAUGCAGGAGCGAUCCUCUAAACAAGACCUGGAACUGGACAAGAAUGCCCUGGAGAGACAGAUAAAGGAGUUGAAGAGCCGUCUGGCGGAGAUGGAGGGGAGUUCCCGCUCCUCGUCUGGCGUCUCUCAGCUGGAGACCCGAGUCGUUGAGAUGGAGGAGAGGCUACACAGUGAGGAAAGGGAGAAGAAUGCAGCCUUGUCCUCACAGCGUCGCUUGGAGAGGAAGCUGAAGGAGAUGAACAUUACACUGGAUGAGGAGAGACAACAGUACUCAGAACAGAGAGACUCGCUGUCCCUGCGGGUGAAGGCGCUGAAGCGUCAGGUGGAUGAGGGGGAGAGUGAGGUGGAGCGUCUGGAGGGCCUGCGCAGGAAAGCCGUCAGGGACCUGGAGGAGCAGCAGGAGCUCAAGGAGGCCAUGCAGUCACGAGUCAGCGCACUGGAGAGCGAGCUCAAGAGGAAGGCCCAGCAGGCCAUGCGUCCGGUGCUGGACUCUGCCAUGAGCUCCGAAGACGAGUACGACGACGACAGUCUGUACGACCCCCACAGUAUCACCUCCAUCAUCACCGAGAGCAACCUUCAGACCAGCUCCUGCUGAGAAGGAUGUGGACGAUGGGGUGGGGGGUGGGGGAGGGACUGAGGGGAGCUCAGCAGGAGAAGCAAGAACACUUUAGGUGGCUGGUACAGGGUUUAAUAAGCUGUCAUCUGCACUGGAGCAGUAGGGUAGCAGUAGGGGGUGGGGGAGGGGGUGGGUGGGGUCCUUAGGAGCUGAAGGUGUGGGGACAGGGAGAGAGUGAGGGAUUCUACAGAGUACGAUGAGCACUAAGGUUGGGGCAGGGGUUCAUGGUGGGGGGGCGUUGAGGUCAAGAGUUAUUAUGCAAUGGAAAGAACUGUCUAUACCACUGGGGGACAAUACUGGACUUAGGCUAAUUUAUAUAUUUUUACUAGUAGAGGUAUGAAUGGGCACCAGUAUACUGGAGUUCACUGUAUUAAGCAGCAACAGACUGGGAGACAGGGUGAGGAGGUAGGUAGUCUUUGCGUUUACGUCGGGGGAUAGCGUAGAGAAGAAGGGGGGGGGUAGAAUGAGAAGGAAGGGGAGGGUUUGAAGAGCACAACGAACAUUCCACUGGGAAAGAGGGAGAGAGUCGGACCGGGGCAUUGAAACCCGAUCAGUCUGCACACCCCUCACUGGACACUGCAGACACAGCCACCCGAGCGAUAGGGAUGGUCCUCACACAGUUCAAAGUGCCUGACAGGCCCACCUGUCAUGACUGCUUCCACACAGGCAGCUAACACUAAUGCAGCAGCCCAUUGCUACCACAUCGUAUACGACUGUCGUUUUAAAAAGCACACUGCACAGUACAGUGUCAGUCAUAGGCAAUAAGCUCCCUGAUUGACCACAGUCAGACCUGACACAGUGACACACUUCAGUGACAGCAAGGUAGUAGCAAUAACAAAAUGGUACUCAAAAGGCCGACUAGAGAACAAUAAUGAUGCAGUUGAUAUAAAGGACCACGUAAUUAUCACAGGGCAGUAUUCAGCCUGCAUAGAGCACGCCAGUACAUGUCAUGUGACCGUAAGCAGUAGGCCACAAGCCAAACCACCGGGAACAGAAUGUUGUGUCGGCAUCUCCAGUAGCAACACACUGAAGCCAUGUGCUACAUAACACACUACCUUCUUAAGAAGACACUACCGUGUGCUGAUGGCACAUGCUGAAAGAUUGCGCUCAUCAUCUCUCCUCUGUAAUUUGAAAAAAAACAUAACAAUUCAGUGGUGUUUAUUGAGAGGCCUUGACCUCACAGGGAUUGCAGGGUGUGAGUUGAUUGCCCUGUAAUUUACAAACACGCAAAGGUCUCAACUGGCCACUUAAAAACAGCCAUGUCACCACCAUCGCACAUUUUAAUGACUGGUUCGGUUUGAUGCGUCCUUGCUGCACGUUUACAGCAGCCCGCAAACCUGCAAAGACAUUGAUAAACUGCGCAUGGAUUUAAGAAGAAUUAUCCAUGAAGCCAACCGUAAGAGACCAUAGAUAGAGGCAUGUUCCAGAUGCAUUCUGUAAUUAUAUUAGACACAUGAGGACUGCAGAAUGCUUUGUUCAGUAUACACUAUGCCGAAACAUACUCAGUCAUUAUUUACAAGGUCCUGUUUUUGAUGCCGUCACUACAAAGCCAAUCACCUGUUGUUUAAGUAGGCCUGCUUAUAAGAGAAGGGUGUCUUGCACUUGUUAUAGCACGCAGUACCUAUAUACACGAAAUACUCAAGUCAUGUAAUGAAGUGAAAAACUGUAGCACAGUGUCAGUGUGUGUAAUGCGAGCAUAAAAACAAUAAUCUAAUUUAUACUUCUUAACAUUCCUGUUCUCUUUCUGAUGACAUUUGUCUUGUCUAGUGUAAGUGAUUUUUGACACAUUUGCUUGAACAAAAACAAGAACCAGAUUUACUACGCAUGGUUGAAUGGAUGAGUAAUUUACGCAACUUACAAAGUACCUGCAUGGUCAGAUGUAGUGUCUAAACUAAGGUUUCACUCCUCAGCACUGAGAUAUUGAUAUGGUCGUCGUUGCGAAAAAUUCCAUUAAAUCAUGCAGACAAUUUAAUCACACUCACAACGAUCUCAGAAAUAAUCCAAGCUUCCCUAUAACUUCAAGAUAAAGAUUAUGAAACGACUCUCUGAAGGGAAGUCUCUCUAUCUUUAUUUAAUAGUAGUCAUAGCACAACAAAGCUUUUGUUGGCCAUGUUGGGGGCAUUGUUUUAUUUGCAAUAAAAUUGCUUUGCGGUGGCGGAGUUGCAACAUUCAGUUUGACCUGAGAAUAUCAGCAUUAUUAGCCAUCACUACUAUCAUCAGCAUUAUUACCCAACCACUACUAUUAUCCUGAAUCACAGACUCUUCUCUGCACAAAUACUGCUAUGCAUUCCUGAUUGCAGUGCUCCAUUAACUGCAUUUCUGUAACUUCACAUCAAUGCCUUACAAUCAUCAUGCUGUUUUUUUAUUCACUCAGCUGUAAUUGUGUUUUCAUAGUCAUUCCAAAGGAUUGUAAUGUGGUAACCUCCAUUUUGUACAUGAUCUUUGUAUUUAAGUAGCCUUUGUUUUGGAGCAAUAUUUUACAUUGAAACAAUCAGUGAUUAUGAGUUAAUUCAUUGUAAUUUGUAAUUGUUUCCCCAAUGCAUUUGUACAUGGAACAACUGGUACCUUAGAGAUGGUUUUUGCUGUAUUUUUAUUUUAAUGGAGUAUUUUCAUAUGUUGCAUGGUACAACAGCAAUAAAUAAGGGUUGUUUGGAACUGUAAACCUGUAUUUUUACAGUAUAAAAUCUUUUUCUAUUUAAAUAAAAUCUGCAACAUGAUUGUUACAGUAAUAUAGUUA